GGUUGUUUUGAUUAUUUUCUCAGAAGUUUUGUUUUUAGAGGUGUUUUCCAUUAAAUAAACUUGCCGAAUCAACUAAUAUCUUUUAAAAAAAAAUUUGCUUAGGCUGCCAGUAAUCUAACAAUCUCUAGAAACCUUGUGGGACCUCCACAAUUGCAGAUACCGGCAACAAAGGCUAUGGAGAGUGCUGCUGUGUCCACCGAAAACCUAAAUUUAUUUAAUAACUCCUGCUGGGACAUCUCACAAAAGAACACAAAUAAAAUCCUGACGGGGAACAAAGCCCUGGACAAUCAUUUCGGAGGUGGUAUAUCCUUGGGUCAAAUCAUUGAAUUGAUUGGCAAUUCGGGCACAGGCAAAACGACAAUGUGUUUACAACUGUGCCUUAAUGUGCAAAUACCCAAAGAUGCUGGCGGCCUAGAAGGAAGUGCAUUGUUCAUAGACUCACGACAGGAUUUCCAUCCAGACAGAUUACUAGGCUUAGCUCAGGAACUGGAGCAGCAAUAUAAACACAGAGCACCGGAGUUUAAAGCCUUGGAAAUGCUUAAAAAAGUUCACUAUGUGAGGUGUCCUAGUUUGGUUCAGUUAAUGGCCACGGUCUUGAGUUGUCAUAGGCACCUUGUAGAUCAUCCUGAUAUAAAACUGAUUGUAAUCGACUCACUGGCAUUUUCCCUGCGAAUGCUCGAAGAUGGCGCCCGGCGUUACGAGCUGCUCCUGGAACUGCACGAAAGCAUGAGAAGACUGCAACGUCAACACGAAUUGGCCUGGGUCGUCACCAAUGUGCUCACGCAUCGCUGCAUCAAGGAGCGAUUCCAUGUGGAGCCCGCCUUGGGGGAUCUGCAUUCGCACCUGAUCAAUGAGCGCAUCUGGUUUUCGGGCAGCUCUGCUCGUUAUCUGGGCAAGUCGUGGAGAUUUAGCAGACUAAUCAUGGAGUCCGACUGAAGCUGAAAUGGUUCGAAAAAUUGCCUGGUUCACUUUUACUUUCUGUCGAUUUUAUAAAGUAAUUACAAAUAUUUUUGGAUUAGUUGCUCGUUAUGAUUUAUGAUUCUUUUAUGUUAGCCAACUGUCAUUAUUGUAU